AGAAGAGAAAUCCAUGGAGGGGAGCUAAUAAAGGCAUUGAUUCUCUGUGCUUAGACAGGAGUGAGAGAGAAGGGAGGGGGCGCCAGAGGUUGGGAGAUGAGGAUUUCCUGGAGGAACUGGCAGUCAGUCAGGCGGCAGUCGCUGGGAGAAGCCCAGCACACAUCACAUACAACUGCCAGCUCUAAGCUGCUUGCCACUUCUCGCUCAUUCUUGAUCUGGAUUCUAUUGCACUGCCCAGAGCGCUAUAUCCAGAAGGCAUCUCUUGCCAUUGCUGUAAGUGUGAACACAGGCUGUAGACAGGCAGCAGCAUCCAGAGGAUGUGGUCGGGCUGAACAUGCAGCAACAUAUUUUGUCCGUGACUUCAGUUCUAGAGGAAGUGCGGCGAUAAGGGGAGAUACAAACUGAACUGCAACUGUCACCUCUCCGCUGCCACUUAGCGCCAUAUACAUCUCUCCGCCGCACAACUGCACCCAGCUGCAAACUUUCGCCUGUUGCGCCUCCCUGCUAUGCGAGAGAGUGCCGGCUGCUGACUGUCAGACGUCUGUGCGCUGGGAGGGAGCAGUUUCAGGACCACCAACAAUGGGCUGUGGACUAAAUAAAUUGGAGAAACUAGAUGACAAAAGGCCAGGGAACAUCUAUUCUACCUUGAAGCGACCACAUGUUGAAACUAAGAUUGAUGUGGUUUAUGAAUAUCGAUACGUCGACUUCACAACAUUAAGUCAAGCUGAAGCCCCAAAUCUCACUGCUAUCCGCCUCUCCUCUCUGCGUGAGCUCCCUGCCCAGCUGAGAGAGAUGUACCAGCAGGGCUUUACCGUGGCAGCGCUACACCCUUUUGUGCAGUCCUACGACGGGGCAGAGAGCAUUCCUCAGGAACAAGUCUUCAGGGCAGUACUUAUAAAGAGAGUCGACAGGAAUUUGCCAAAUGAUCUUAACAAUGAAGAAUAUCGCUUGGAAACGGAAUUGUGUUUGUCUCCAGACCAACCAGCGGACCACAAAAUAAUACCAGACAUUGUGAAAAGAAUUGAAGACGCAGCCAGCCAGGGAUUAAAGUUUGCUGGGAUCAUACAGGGAUAUUGCACAGCUCCAAACCUGCCAUACAGUCCCUCUGACAGCUUGAGCCAUUGCAGCUCUCCAUUAUUUACAACUGCAAAAAAAACAUUCAGUGAUACAGAAGAUGACAUUUCAAUGGAUAUAGACAAGCCAGACGGCACUAAUGGCAAUGCCUCCCUAGCAGUAAAGGGGGAAAGUACUGACCACAGCAAGGUGCUGGAAGGUGAAGGACCAGACACUGGAAAAGAAAAGCAAGAGUCUGCACUUAAGAAUAAAGGCCAUCAGACAACAAAUCUUAAUUUCAGUAUAUCAGCGGAGGAUGUUUUUAUGCAGGACAAGAUAACUAAAGCAGACUCAGGCAUACAUGACAACUGCAAUAUUAAAACAAGUGAAGUUUUGGCUAUUUUUAAUAAGCCCUUAACUCAUAAACAAUACAGAAAAUACUACACUGUGAACAUUCCAAUGAAAAUCUCCAAGGAUGGAAAUAGCGUUAACGGUUUGGAAGCUAACUGGCUGGAGUACAUGACCGACCAUUUCCGGAAAGGAUGCUCACUAGUCAAUGCGGUUUUUUAUCUUGGAAUGGUAAAUGACAUCUCAUCUGAAUAUACUGAUGGAGUGUUCAUGUUUGAAGACUUUCCUGAGCAAGAUCCAAAAAUCGUAAAGCGAUAUGAUGCUAUUGUCGUAGAGCAAUGGACCAUAUUACAAGGUUUAGAAGUGCACACAGACUACAUGCCACUCUUGAAUUCUUUGGCUGUUUAUGGAUGGCAGCUGACGUGUGUUCUUUCAACUCCCAUAGUAAAAACCAACAGGGAUGGGAAUGUCACUACCAAGCAGAUUGUAUUCCUGCAGAGACCAGCCCUUCCCCAUAAGCUGAAGAAGAAAGAACCAAAGUUUCAGUGGAGGUUCCCCAAAGAUGACAAGCAUAGCAGGCAAUCUAAGAAAGGAAAGGGAAAUUCCAAGGAACAUCAGCACAAGGAAGACAAGAACGACUUCGACAGAAACAGAAGAAAUGAGGAAUUGCUUAAAAGUGAGGAUCCAGGAGAAGCCAAUGUUCAUGUAAACCACUUGUUGGAUGGUGAAAUGCAAAGCAAGAUUAAUGAUCUCAGCGAGGAAAUAAUAACCUCAAACAGUCCUGAAAGCAACGAGGAGACAUAUGAAAAUAAUCAAACUCAUGAUGCCUUUUUGCAUGCAGAAGAAUUAAUGGAGGACAGUAGGGACGUGGAUUUAGCAAAUACUGAGAAACAACAAAGAGAAAUGUGCACUGGUGAGUCUGCUGAUAAACAAAAGGAAGUGCCUGUUGCUCAGGGUGACACAGAACUGGGCCUUGAGACAGACAGUCUGGAGCAAGAAGGGAAAUGCACCUAGCAAAUAACAUUUCCGGAAGACUUGCUGAGCACUUUUACACUGCCAUUUAGAAUAUUUGGUUACUUGAUGGAAUUUAUAAUCUGAUAUUGUAUUCAACAUGCACAGACAGGCACAUGUACACCCCGUAUUAUUUCCAUGCGGCAGCUAAGAGGGCAACAAGGCAGAGGUGUCUCUGGUACCAAUUACCUAUAUUAUAUAAAGGUGCCCCCAUUCACAGAUCCAUCCCAUGUAAUAGAUAGAAAUGAUUACAUUGUCUGCACUAGUUAAAACCCAAACUGUUCUGUAUACAGCCUUGGAUAGAGUUGCACUUCAUAUGAUUUUGAUCAUUUUCUGUUCUGUACAAAGAAAUAUUCAGUGUUGAAAAGAUUUAGCUGUUAGAUAUGGGAAAGGCUUUAGGCACAAAAUGCGUCUGGUUUGUGUAGGAGGAUUAGCAGUUAGGCUUGUCUUGCUGGAUUAAUGUGCCAUUUUCCACUGGGCAGGAAAAGUACACUUUAUUAUUCAGCUGAUUUACAGCUCCCAUAGAACAUUAUAGGUUCCAAAGCCCAUUCAUUUGAAGUCUCUCAGUAAUACUUUUAAAUUGCUGAGCAGGGGCGGUCAGUCUAUGGACGUCCAGCUGCUGAUAAACAACAACUGCCAGAAUCCCUCAACAGUUGAACAUAUGAUUGGGAGAUGUUGGACUUAAUAUGAUUUCAUCAGUAGCUAAAAGGCGAUCUUAGUGUUAAUAAAAUUUUGACCUAUACUUCUAAACUCAUCAAUAUGCCUCUGAACAUUACCAGCUGGAAUUGUGGGACCUUUUAGCCCAUGUAAUCCAUUUUACCAAUCUAAACCGCACUCCUGAUCUGCCACAAACCAAGGCUCUCUGGUAAGCUUGACCAUCUUUGUACCCAAUAAAUGACCCAACUAAUUAGGGAAAAUUGGGAGAUAUGCAGCAAUGAUCUGCAUUUUAUUCAGCCAAAUAUUCAUUUGCAUAAAAGUAAUAACGCUGAUUUUAUGCUUUACUCAUGCCUAGAUAUGCACACCAUAUCUUGGUAAUGAGAACUUGGAGGCUCAUUUAUCAACACUGGGCAAAUUUGCCAAUGGGCAAUUACCUAUAAACCAAUCAGUGAUUAGCUUUUUGAAGCCAGCUGCAAGUAGGACAAUGAAUACGGACGGAAAUAUGCCUUGAUAUCCUAGAACAAAAGCCACACCAGUCAGAGCACACAUGGAUGGUAAUUCCCAUCAUCCUCAGCCACAGGUGGUUUUUGGGUGAAGCACAAUUGUGCACCUUGUUAGCAUGGCAUUAGGAUGGGUGUCGUUAUUAAUUCCAUUUCAGUAAACCAUUGUAGUGAAUCCAAAGUAGCCAUCGAAAAUGGCAGACGCGGUCAGUAUUUUGUCAUUUGUUUGCAUUUGUAUGUUUAUGAUAAAUGACUAUUAUAAAUGGCUUUCAGAAAGUUGUGAUAAGGCAGUUAUUUUGUAAAAAAAAUAUUUUAAAAAUGUUUCUAACAAAAAAAACAAUGUGACUUUUUCUACGCAGCUAGUUAUGUUUUGUUUUUUAAAGGCUAUGCUCCUAAUUUACCCACCAAUAGCCACUUUUCUUCUUAUGGGUAUAAUCUUUCCCCCUUUUGCCCAUGUGACCCUGGCUCUGUUGGAGGCUAUGGAUUGGAUUGGAUAGGGAUACUAUCAUCAAUGUCUUCUUAUAAUCACGUUUUGUUUUUACCCAGGCCUAACUAUAGCUACACAAUUUUUAUGCUAUAAGUACAGCUCAACUAUUUGUUUUUAUACACACACAGGAUAUUAAUUCUGCUAAAGGAGCAGCUCACCUUUCAGUUAACUUUUAGUUACAGACUGGGAAAUUCUUAAUUGGCCUUCACUUUUUAUAGUGUGAAUUGUUUGCCUUCCUUUUCUGCUUCUUUUCAGCUUAGGUUGUAUAGCUAUUGUUACUCUUCAUUACAUAUCUUUCUAUUCCAGCCUCUUCUCUUCAUAUUCUGGUCUCUUUUUCAAAUCACUGCCUGGUUGCUAGGUUAAAUUGGACCUCGGCAACUAUUUAAGUGCUGACGUUCCAAACUGGGGAGCUGCUAGGCAUAAUUAAGAACAGUUUCAGAUCACUGUCUACUGUACAUCAUACCAAAAGUUAAUUUAAAGCUAAGCUAUACUUUAAAAACCUUUCCAUUUGGAUAUGUUGUUUACAAAAUACAAGGCUUAAUAGCUAGCAGGACAUAUAUAAUUACAUUUAAAUGGAAAACAUUGGCUUUAUUUUAAAUUAAAUUGCUUGCUUCAAACACAACUAUUCAAUAUCAUAUUAUUACCAUGCACAAAUAUAAUGGUAUAGGUUUGAUAGUUGUGUUUCUUAAUCCAAAUAAACAUUUAAAGGGAAACAACUUUGUGUACCGUUUAUUGAUGAACAAAUACUGUAAAACUGUAUUUAGAUUGCUUAAUGUAUAUGUAAUCUAGCAAUCACAGGAAAAUGCAAAGUUUUGUACAAAAUGUUGCUAAGUAUUCAGUAACAAAGACAUAUAAGAGGAAUGGCAGUAUACCCAAAAUUCUGCAGCACUUACCCAACUGAUCAAAAUGAUUUGCUGAUUAUUUCAUAAACACAGUGUGGGACAUUCACUAAGAUUCGUAGUUGCUCCAGGCGUAACUUCGCCGCACUUCGC